CCUCGGUUCCGGCCGUUCCUAUGGAUACAGGUUCUUGCGGAAAUUGUGAAAAGGUCAGAAGUGUUUAGCACUUUCCAGCUAAGUUAGCAGAAUGACAUCUCCUCCAUUUGAAGAAGUUGAACUGAGCAAGAAACACGAAGAAAUUCUAGGGAAGAGGGCUGUGCUCCUUCAGCAGAUGGAGAGUCGAUAUGAGCAACAGAAGAGCAAGAGGAGGCAGCAGGUGAAGCUGUCACAAGCGGCACAUGAGAGAAAUGCCCAACUCCUCCAGGACUUGCAGAAAAUUGAGAAUCGUCUCAGAACAAGAGAACUCCCACACCCUGACAUCCUCAGUUUGGAGACUCGUUACUGGGCAUCAGUUGAGGAGAAGAUCCCAGAAUGGGAGCGCUUCCUCCUGGGUAAGGGCCCACAUCCUAGCAGUGACCCUAGCAGAACACCGAAACAACGGAAACAGAAAACCACACCCAGAGACCAUGCCCCCACACAAGAUGGGGCUCUGCCUCCUCGUCCUAUACUGAAACAUGACAAAUGACUUGAAGUGGACAAUCUGUUUUGGCUUUUGACUUCAUCUUAUGUGAUCAAGCAAGGAGAAACUAAAAUCAGUCGACAGUUACACUAGUGUCAUAUGGGCUGUUUUCCUAUGAGAAGAACAGUAUUCUUAGCACCAACUGUAUUGAGUAGGCAUCAUGUUGAUUUACAUAUGUUUACACUGCAGCUCCUUUUUGUGCUCAGCCAUUUUGAUGUCUCAGGGUGAAGCUCAGAUUUAGCCUAUUUAGCCACAGUCUACAUAAUUGCUCCUCUUGAUUGCAAUGUUUACAAGCAAGGCUCACACUUUCAGUGUGAGGAUAUUGUCUGUAGCAAUUUAUGGGAAUCCCAUCCCAUCAGAAUUUUAUUUGAAACAAGAAUAUGGUGUCUUUGAAUUCAUGGCUCAUAUCUGGCCACUAGGGGGAGGUAGCACCAUAGAUUUGGAUAACAAAGGCACAUUCCUUCAGUUAGUUAGCCUCAGGUCAUUCACUUCACCAUCUGUCACUCAUCAAUGAUUUAAUCAAAAUUGCUCUUAUUUAUUUGCAUAUAUUGUCUGUAUACUAGCUAUGUUCUUUUCUUAUUUAUACAGUAAAGCACUUUUUUUUGCUCAAACAUACUGUGCAAUAUCUUUUCUUUCUUUUUUUUACAAUCAAUGCUAAAGGUAUAUUAUAUAUUAUGGUAAACCUCAAGCCAUUCAUCAUUCAAUUACCGUCCCCAUUCUUGUUUAAGUUUAAGCAAUGUGCAUAUAUUUAACCAAUAAACAGUUUCUUAUUAUUCACCUAA